AUGGGUGAACACAAUCUCCUGAACCCCGGGUUCGUGGGGCCGCUGGUCAAUAUCCACACGGGCGACACCUUUUAUUUCCCCAACUUCCGCGCCUCGGGGGCACAGUUGCCCGGGCUUCCUUCCCUGCCCUACCCGCGGCGGGACAAUGUGUGUUCGCUGCCCUGGGCGUCAGGGGAGCCCUGCAAUGCCUACCCGCAGCCCUACCUCGGCGGCCCCGUGUCGCUCAGCCCGCCCUUCGGCCGGACUUGCGAGCUGGCCCGAGUCGACGACACCAAGUGCUACUACCGCGACGCGUGCUCCGAGCCGGGGGCCGGGCUCAAGCGGGAGGAGCGGGGCCGGGACACGGGGCUGAUGACCCUGGAGCCGUCGGGGCCCGCGGCCCCGACCAUGGCCUUCGCCGGCGGCAAGUACGAUUACAGCACGGCAGCGGCGGCGGCGGCGGCGGUGGGGCCGGGGGUCGACGGUUCCGCCCCGCACGACCCCGCGUCCUGUCAGUCCCUCGAGUCCGACUCCGGCUCGUCUCUACUCAACGAAGGCGGCAAAGGAGGUGGCGGCGGCGGCGGCGGCGACGCGGGGGCCCUCGGGUCCCCCAUCAACCAGGGCCACGGUCUCUCGGCCAGCGGCACUCCCUGGUACCCGCUUCACACGAGGUCGAGGAAGAAGCGCAAACCGUACUCGAAGCUGCAGCUGGCCGAGCUGGAAGGCGAAUUUCUGGUGAACGAGUUUAUAACGCGUCAGAGGAGACGGGAGCUCUCGGACCGAUUGAACCUUAGUGAUCAGCAAGUGAAGAUCUGGUUUCAGAACCGCAGGAUGAAAAAGAAAAGACUUCUCCUCCGAGAGCAAGCCCUCUCCUUCUUCUAG